AAAGAGGGGGGGAAAACGGUCGCUUCCUGUCCUGUCCUGCCUUGCCCCUCCUUCCUUCCUACCCUGGGCAAAAGGGUCUUUGUUUCGGGAAGCCUGAGGGAUGAGCCUGGAUGAACAAAUGUUCAAACCUGGAUUUGGUUAUUCGCUUCCUUGGCACUUUUCAUUCAACGUCUGGCUAAAUACGGAGCAGGAAAAGUGUGACUGUCUCUAUUGCCCCUCCAUUUGCUCUUUGUGGUUUAAAGUUUCUCUACAAGGAGAUGCCGCAGUUACCAGCUAGGAUUGCUUACCAGAUCCAUUACUGCUUUGAGAAUGUGCUACACCUUGGCUCUUUAUAGCUUCAGACACUGUUCCUCUUAAGAAGGGAAGAGGUUUCAGGGGACUGCUCCUGAUGGGAGCUACUGUGGAACACGGUUCGGAAAUGGAGCAAAAAUUGGCCAGUCCAGAACCAGGAAGGAACUCUGAUGCUCUCCAGACUGGUAGCCAGGUAGAGUUCAGGGCUGCUAAGGCGAUGCCAGGGGAGUUCAACUGCACUGUGGAUGCACAAUGCCUUCGCUUCCGGCAGUUCGACUACCAUGAGGUCUGGGGACCCCGAGGGGUAUGCAACCAGCUCCGUGAUCUUUGCUUCCUGUGGCUCAAACCCGAGCGGCAUACAAAGAAUCAGAUCCUGGAUUUGGUGAUCCUGGAGCAGUUCCUGGCAGUCCUUCCCCCAGAGAUGGAGAGCUGGGUUAGAGAAUGUGGGCCGGAGACCAGUUCCCAGGCGGUGGCCCUCGCUGAAGGCUUCCUGCUGAGUAAAGCUGAAGAAAAGACUCGGGGAGAGCAGCAGGGGCAGGGAAAUUUUGCAGAUGUGGCCAGUGAGGUGGGGAAAGCCCCUUCGAGCAUCAGACCCAGAACAUUUUUCAGGUGGAUUGUGGAGGAGCGUGACCAGAUUGCUUCUUUGCAGGGUGAAGGAAUGACGCCAAUGAUCCAGUCGUGGUUGCACCCAUGUGGAAAUGGCAUAGAAACAGCUCCUGCACGACUUCUUCAGGAUAUGGUGACUUUUGAAGAUGUGGCAGUCUACUUCACGGAUGAGGAAUGGGCAUUGCUGGAUCCAGACCAACGGGCCCUCCACGUGGAAGUGAUGGAGGAGAACUGUGGGAAUUUGGCCUCUCUGGCCGGGGACGGCUGGGAGGGCAAAAUGGAGGGAGAAGACCAUGGGCUGUUUUUUCAGAAGGCUGUGGAUAAGGAAGAGGAAAAGCAGAGCCAGAACAUGGAAGAGAAAGAAAAGAGGAUACUUCCCUCCCCUGUUUUUCAGGAUGCUGCGGCCUGUGAAUUCCCAGCCCUAGAAACUGCACGCAAGGGAAAAAGAAGCAGCAAGUGUCUGGCCUGCGGAGAAAGCUUCAGCUGCAAGUCGAGCCUUAACGCUCAUUUGAAAACCCACAGAGAGGAGAAACCUUUUAAAUGCUCUGACUGUGGAAAAAGUUUCUCACAGAGGAAAGGCCUCAUAAGGCAUGAGAGGAUUCACACGGGGGAGAAGCCCUACACCUGCCUGGAAUGUGGGAAGAGCUUCCGUCAGAGUGCGGCACUCAUCACCCACCAGCGCAUUCACACCGGGGAGAAGCCGUACACUUGUCUGGAGUGCAGAAAGAGCUUCUGCCAGAAGACCACGUUGGUCCGCCACCAGAGAAUCCACACUGGCGAGAAGCCAUAUGCAUGCAUGGAGUGUGGGAAGAGUUUCAGUCAUCGAUCGCAAUUGACGUCCCAUCUGAGAGUCCACACAGGGGAGAAACCAUACAAAUGUUUGGAAUGUGGAAAGAGCUUCAGUCAGAACACAAACCUGACGUUGCAUCAACGAACUCACACCGGGGAGAAACCCUUUCGGUGCCUGGAGUGUGGAAGGAGUUUCAGUCACAGCUCAACUCUGAUGGCCCAUCAGAGAACCCACACGGGAGAGAAGCCGUUUACCUGCUUAGACUGCGGGCAGAGUUUUGCCCAAAAUGCAAGCCUUAUUUUCCAUCAAAGAACCCACACUGGGGAAAAACCAUACAUGUGUUCAGAAUGUGGUAAAAGCUUUAGUACCAGCACAAGCCUGACUUCGCAUCGCCGGAUUCACACAGGGGAGAAGCCAUAUACUUGUGCGGAGUGUGGGAAGAGCUUCUGUACGAGCACAAACCUUGUCACCCAUCAAAGGAUCCACACAGGGGAAAAGCCAUUUAAAUGCUCCGAGUGUGGGGAAAACUUCCGCAAAAAAGCACACCUCCUGCGACAUCACCUCACACACACCGGGGAGAAGCCGUAUAAAUGUGUGGAGUGUGGGAAGAGCUUUAGUGAGAAAAGAAACCUUAAUUCACAUCAAAGGAUCCACUCCGAGUAUUGGAGAGAGGAUCCUCGCAGCAGUGGUUGGGGGCUUCCUUCCCUAAAUCCAGGUUGUCCCCCCAUUUCACAGCAUUCCAGUUCUUUCCAGAGCCACCUGCGGCACGAUUCUAAUCCAGGAGAAAAUUUGGAGUGCUUUACAAUAUUUCUCAGUGAAUAGAUGAGAAUCUCUCAAAUCCCGUUUUUAUUGUUGUUGCAACUCAGAAAUGAAGAUAAGGGAAGAUGAUAAAGAAUCUCAUGAAUCAGCUAAACGGACUACAGAUAAAACAAAGUAAACAACACGUCUAAAAUACCGGUUUAAAUGUAAAAGUAUUGACAGAGCAAUAUAAAAAUAAUAGGCUUAAGAUUCUGUUUCUCUUAAUGGAUCAUGUGCAUUUCGCUUGAUUCUUAUCCACCUGGCCAGGGCAGGUCCCCCAAAAUACAGUACGUAUGAGUACAGUACAGUACGUUCAAAUAAUUGAAUAUUUGGCUGCAAGGAAGAACUGAGCUCUCAAAUUUGAUCCAAGCAAAUGCAGCUGCUCCAGACUAUCAUUAUUUCUGGUUGCCAAAAAUAAAGAUGAAGUCUCUCUUUAGGGAGGAAUUAGAGUCACGAGUAGCAAACAUCCAGGUCUCCUCUCUAAAGCAAGCAUGCCAGUGCCUAUGGUUUCUUCUUUGCUGUGUGGCAGGGUCCCUGCCCCAACUAACUUUAAUUUAAAAAUUAAAAUUAAUGGGAGCCUGGGAGGCUUCAAAGCCACAGCACAACUUUUGUCAUCAAACCUCAUUUAUGAAGAUGCUUCUGAUUUCAGCCAGUAUCACACAGGUAUGUUUGAGCUCUAUCUGUGCAUAAAAAAAGAUGAAAAUAAGGAAGGAUUGCAGACAGUAACCUUGGAAGUAACUGAAUUGAUGGCAAUUCUCCAUCAGGUCAGUUAUUUUGUGGUAAUGCCUGCAAAUGCUCUAAAAAUGUGUCCACCAGCAUCAGAACAUUACCCAGCUUCUACUGUAAAAUCUUUUAAAAUGAUCUGGUAACAGGCAAUGUGAAUAUUACUUCUAUGGGGCCCUGGAGAGGCCUUGAGAGUUCAAAUUCAUCAGAGUAGGCAAGGUGGCACAGUGACAUACUUCAGAUAGCAGGUACAGAAACCCCCAUUUUUAAGUAAAUUAAAAAUGGUCAAAAUAUUGCAAGUCAUAUGAAAUUUCAUUGUGUUUUCAGAUUUUGAAAGGUUUCCAAAAUCUCACAAGUUUGGAUAACUAUCCUAAAUUGGGUGAUCCCCUCUGUA